AUGCUGCAUAUGACAGAGGUUUUGGAUAUCUUGACGAAUUCCCAGCUCAUUCAUCUACAUGAGCAGAAAGAGAAUCCAGAAGUCAUCUCCAUAAGAAACCCAGGGGCUCUGAAAGUUUUUCGUCAAAAGUUUAGGCAUUUUCAGUACCUGUCAGUGACUGGGCCUCACCAAGCUCUGAGCCAGAUUCAGGAUCUCUGCUGGCAAUGGCUGCAGCCGGAGACCCACACCAAGGAGCAGAUGAUGGAGCAACUGGUGCUGGAGCAGUUUUUGAACACCCUGCCAGAGGAGGUUCAGACCUGGGUGAGGUCAAAACAGCCCAAGAGCAGCAAGGAAGCAGGAAACCUGGUGGCAAACUUGAUCCAGGCAUGUGAGGAGAAAGGUUUCUUUGCUCAGGACUCUGUCCAUGCAGAACAGAGAAACACUGAAGAAUACCAAAAGGAGGCUGCAGAGAAGUGUGACAGUGUGCCAUCUGCUAGAUCGCAGUGUCUGUGUGAAGGAUCCCACGUGAAGAUGCCCACAGGGACUACUGAGGAGUUGGUGACUUUCAAGGAUGUGGCUGUGGACUUCAGUCCAGAGGAAUUAACCUACCUUAGUUCUGCUCAGAGGAACCUCUACCGGGAGGUGAUGCUGGAGAAUUACAGGAACCUGGUCUCCCUAGGGUACCAGUUCCCUAAGCCCGACAUCAUCUCCUGGCUGGAAGAGGAGGAGGCAUGGGCAGAGGAGGAAGACGGCAGGACCACGCUACAUCAAGAUUGGGAGAAAAAACCUGAAGCCAAAGAUGUAACUCCAGAGCCAAGCCUGCCUAUAGAAAAAUCUCCCUCGGGGGCAGGAAUGGGGGAUUCAGAGGCAGGUAACUUCCUGUGUGUACGGGAGUCCUCUGAUGAUCCAUCAGAUGUGCACCAGGCCAACGAAGAGAAACUUUUGACUCUUAUAGCAGUGAGUGACCCCCGGUGUCUGGAUCAGGAAAGAAGCCGUGGUGGUGAUCAGUUUGAGAGAAGCUCAGAUCUUACCAAACAAUCAGAGAUUCUUCUAGCAAAGGACCCCCAGGAACAUGCUGCUCCUGGAAUUUGCACCAGUCCGCAGCUGGUGGACAGAGGGUCUCUCCUCCGAGAGACCAAACAUAGCGAAUGUGAACUUUGUGGAAGAGGCUUUGGGACCCAGUCGGCCUGCGAGAGAAACGAGCAGGUCCACAGUGAGGAGAAGCCCUUGGAACACCAACCAAGCGGAGCAGCCUUCUCCCUCGCCAGACGCCAGCAGGCUCAUUCGGGGGCGAAGUGCCCUGGAUGCAGCGAAGGCGGAAAGCCGUUUGCACCGCGUGCCGACGUCUGUGGCCACCUCAGAGUUCACCGUCAGGAGGACUACUAUGAAUGUGUCCAGUGCGGCAGAGCUUUUAUCCAGGAUGUGCAUCUUUUUCAACAUCUCAAAGCCCAUGAGGCAGCAAAAGCCCUCCCACCUGGGUUGCCCCGCAACAAGCCCCAUUUGAUUAGAUACCAGCGGAAACAUGACUAUAUCGGGGAGAGAGCCUGUCAGUGUUGUGACUGUGGCAAAGCCUUCAGUCGGCGUUCACAUCUCAUUCAGCACUAUCGCAUCCAUGCUCAAGAGAGGCCUUACCAGUGUCAGCUGUGUGGGAAGUGCUUCGGCCGACCCUCCUACCUCACUCAACACUACCAACUCCAUUCUCAAGAGAAGACCGUUGAGUGCAGUUACUCCUGA